ACAUUUUCUACGGGAGUUGUGACUUUUACAACAUACCUGUUGGGGCCUGUAAUAUUGGACUUAAUAAUACCUCUAAACGAAUCUCGAACUCGUCUAAUCAAAUAUGUCACAGAGUUCUCUCAUGAUAGAACGGUCUAUCUUGAUAUCGUCAGUUUGAACUUUGUGAUUGUUGGUACAGUUGGAUUUCUGUGUAUUACAUCUACGGAAUCGUUGCUCUCUAUUCUUGCUCACUACAUAUCUGGAUUGUUCAAAAUUACUAGCUACCGAUUACGAAAGGCCAUUACGAAUUUAUCUAAAGCAAGUUCACUAUCGCAGCAAGUUGAAUUGAAUUUCUUGAAUUUUCAUCAAGCCGUUGAUAUUCACAACAGAGCGAUCCUGUUGGUAAAUUUGAAUAUAAAAAUCAUUUACUAUCGUAUAUUAAUAGUAUUCUGUUUUAUAUUUUGUAUUAUGGGCAAUUUCCUCGCUAAUGUGAAGAUUAAUUAAUAACUUCACGAGUAAGGUGACGAUACAUUAUCUAAUAGCGAGUCCUAUAUUAGUGAUUUCAAUUGCUGUGAAUUUAUAUCGAGUAAGUAUUCUUUCAUUAACACACGUCAGUUCAAAACUUGGGUUUCACAUCUUUCUACAUUCCAUCUUAAUCCAUUAAUGGCGCAAAAAGUAUUUUUACUUACUGACAGGAAAAUAUUUUUUAUCAAAUUAUAUAUUUAAUCAAAUAUAUUUUUUAUUUCAAGAAG